AUAAUAAUGAUCAUAAUAAAAACUUGUAAGGAAUAAUUGUGAUAAUACUCUGACAGUUCCAGCAUGGCCGGUCUAUAAAUGUCUCCCUGACCUCGUAUCACUCUAAAAGUAUUUCGUUGCAGCAAUUCCGCAAUGUUAGAUUGCAUAAUUAACCUUGUGAAGUGUCAGGCGGCGACUUGACUCUAGCCUUUACCCUCCAUUCUCUAGCCACGACCUCAAUUGCGUCACCUGCCGACGUCAGACAGCUUCCGGUAUCCAUGGCCACCGACUAGAUGUAUACGUCGGGCGUGUAAUUUCGUUACGUGCGUGUUAAAGUAACUUAAUACGACACACCUCGUUAGUAAGCUUUCAUUCACAGUUUAGUUUCUUUUUUUCCUGUAGCUUGUAAUGGUUUAUCAAAAUGCUGUAGUCCUAGCUUUCUGUGUCGAGACCAAGUGUUUCCGAAAGUUGUAUUGUUAUCACGAUAGACCGGUUUGUGCAGUCAUCCAUGGGAGACUGUAACCAAGGCAGCAAUGCAGAAGUACCCCAAUCCCAUGAACCCGAGUGUGAUUGGAGUGGACGUGCUGGAUAGGAGUGUGGAUUCGCAGGGUCGUCUUCACAGCAGCCGGCUUCUCAGUACAGAGUGGGGUCUUCCGUCCAUUGUCAAGUCUUUGAUAGGGAUCACGAGAACAUGCACGUACAUCCAGGAGCAGUCGGUGGUUGAUCCCAAGGGGAAGACAUUUGAAUUGAAAUCUACCAACCUCACAUUUACCAACUUGGUGUCCGUCGACGAAAGGCUCGUCUACAGGCCGCACCCCCGAGACUCGGAAAAGACAAUAUUGACCCAGGAGGCCCUCAUCUCUGUGAAGGGAGUCAGCCUGUGUAGCUACCUGGAAGGUCUCAUGGCUAGCACGAUCUCAACGAAUGCUGGCAAGGGCCGCGAGGCGAUGGAGUGGGUUAUCCGGCGGCUGAACACCGAGAUCGAGGAACUGGCCGCGACCGCACGGGGCUCCAUCCGGACGCCCAUUGCUGCAGCAGUCACGGAGGAAUGACCCUCACUAUGAAGACCCCAAACCCCCCCCCCCCCCCCCCAAGGAACCACCACCAUCACCCACUCUGCUCUGACUGGAGGGGCACUCCCUGUCUCCAGCAAACACUCUCUCAGCCUCGUCCCGCUCACCUCAGCUCUGUGUCUCCACACUGGCACCAGCGGUCAUCGUCUGCAGUGCUGGGCGAUGCUGAGGGAGGCGGGCAGUAUUUAUUACCGGGCAAUCAGACCCUGACGUAGCACUGGGUGGCUCGACUACGGGAUACACGGCUUGUAUCUUGGCAUCGCUUCAGAUAUGACGGAGGGGAAGAAGUGGUCUUGAUGAGGUGCUUAGUGAAAACAAGUGGAGGUCUCUGUCAAGCCAGCGCACGGUCGCAAUUCUGCAUGCCAUUAAAUGCACUGACAACAUUGCAGUGAAUCAUGGAAUUAAGAUGGAAUGUGCAUAAGCUGGAUCCUGAAUGAACAGGCCUCGUGAGCUGCCUCUCUUACUGGUUCCCAGUGCUCCGCCCUUGUCUGUCUUGUCUGCAGCAUUUACCACACUUGCUUGGUUGCCUAGGCAAGUAUCUCUGCACUUGAAUGUCAAGUACUGUACAUUUCUAUUAUAAUUAAUGAUAUUUUAUUUUCAAAGUGCAAACUGAAAUGAAGGGAACAUGUUUAACAAAGGAAAUCCUGAUUUGUGGGGGGUUUCUUCUGGUUUACAGAGGACCAUCUCAAAUGCUGUGAAUCAGCUUAGGGGGUAACUUGCCCCCCCCCCGCUCGUAUUUAUAUGGCAGGGAGGGAUAUGACGAGGAAGUCUGUUAAGGGCCGUUAAUAAACGUGCGGUUUUCCGGAACAUUCCUGGGAAGGUGUUCUCGUGCGUUUGCGGUGGUCCUCUGACGCCAUGCCGAUAUGCCGAGAUAUCACAUGGAUCGCAUGUUCAUAUGCAAUUUCUGUUCUACAUUUUUAAGUCCUUGUGUUUGAUAAGAACAAAAGAUUAUUUUUGUUUUAUGUAGCUCUGGCGACUAGGAAAAGUAAAACAACUAACACUCGUUGAAGUGUAGGCAAUGGGAAGUUUGCUUUUUUCCGGUUAUGCUACAAAUGUAGAACUUUUAAAGUUUCUUUAAAACUUUUAACAUAAUACUACAGCGUAUUGGGGACAGCUUAAAGCAUUUAUACGCACAAUGACUAAAAAUGAUGGACAGUAGACAAGUUCCUUUGUUCUCAGUUGGGUGAGUACUGGAACAGGGGGAAAUGCAGGUACAUUUUGCCAGCUCUUUUGUUUGUGAUAUUGGGGCAAUUCCUGCUAUUCUGAUACAAAAUAAUUUAUUUAUUUAUAUAGCAAUGGAAGUGACUUGUGUGUGUAUCUCCUUCAGCGACGAUGACGAAUGUGUGUUCUGUUCUGCCUGAUUCACUUCACUUAAUUGACUGGUACAUGUAAUAGUUUAUAUGUAGUUCUAAUGUAGAUCUGGAGUUAUUAACAGUAAUUAAUGAUACGUGUUGGCAGCUUAUUGCGAAUCAACAUUGUAUUCUGGUAUAUUGUUUUGUUCAUAAGUGAACUUUGGAUGCUAGCGAUCUUGAGUACUCUGCUGUUAUUGAAAUAACACGUUGUUAUGUUACAGAUUGUCAAACACAGUUUGGACAUGGGGGUGUUAUUUAAAAUGUCAUGGAAUAGACCUCUAAACUGCACUGACCUUAAUGCAGCACUUAAAGCAGUACUUUUAAACGGAAUGCCUGCUAGUGUAUGUUACCCAUGCAAAUUUCUUAAUACUACAUUUUUUUUAAUGUAGUAGUGCAGUGAUGGGUUUUUUUUUUAUGAAUUCCGGUUCGGACUCCUCUUUUCUUUUGGUUAAAAUCGUCAAUUUAGGAAAACGUUUUGGAGUUGUGUUGAGCGGUGCCAAAGACGCCCCCACCUGGUGUAAAGUGAUGAUACAUGAAUACUUGCUGCUUUUCGGACUCAUCCGGUGAGAUGUGACCGCGGAGACCAGCCAAAUCAACGCACGUGUCAAUAGCGGCUGAUUCUGGAAUAAACUGAAGUUUUACAGUCA